AUGAUUAAAAAAAUAAAAUUAUUUUAUUUUAAAUUGUUUGAAUAUGAAAAUCAUAAUUUAUAUAAUUUAUGUAAAAAUCAUUUUGAAGUUAUGAAAAAUAGGAAUUUAAAAUUAUCAAUGAUACAAUAUGAUUUUACUAUAUUUUUAGAGUAUUGGAAAUUACUUUUUUGUGAAAAUAAAAUAAAACUUGAUGUAAUCAUAAAUAAUUCUCCGAAACAUAUGGAAAUUUAUUAUUCACUAUGGAUUGAUAUUGGAAAAUUAAUUUUAUAA